CCUGAGGAUGUCGGAGAGAGACAGCAUGUUUCACAAGUUGACAUCCCCCUAAAACAGCUCCUUUUUUUUUUUACUUUUAAGCUUGUUUUUUUGGUCUUUUCGGGCUCCUCACAGUAAAACAGGCGUAAACAGGUGCGACGGCAGAUACGGCGGACUGCGCCUGCGCGUCUUCAGGAGCGAGAAGCUCGACUCCUUCUACCGUUUUCGAUCAACCUUUAUGUCUCCGUGUCCGCAGUCGCAACGUGACCGGGCGGCUGCGGAAAAGGGGGAAGUAAAGACAUGUUAACGCUGUCGCCCCGCGCAUCAACUCCCGGAGGUACGCUCGCUGCGGCUGCGAGGCAACGAACGGCUUCGGAGAGCGGAAACGCCGAGUUUCCCUUUCCAGGUGUACCGAGGAGAUUCGCUCCGGAGGCCACGCGCUCUUCCUGGUCCGUUGCCAGUCACACACAGCAAACGAGGCUGCGGACAGGAAGUCAUGGAUCACGCGCGAGCAAGGGCUCCACGUUGCGGCGCAGGGAAUGCGGUAAGUCUGCUGACAAGAGGCCCGGUGACAGUUCUGUCAGCCCCACUCAGGACGAGAAGAGGCCGACUAAAGGAGUGCGGAGCCCUUCCAGACCGAGGGUAUGGUUGUCCGAGUCUUGCAAGCCAAAGUUUGGAGGGCGAUUCUGCAGACCUCAUUUUCCAAGGGAUGACCAUUCACUCUACAAACCUGGUUUUGGCAACCAGAAGUACCACCACGUCAACGCCCGGGCUUACGUCGACCAGACACAUCACUUCCAGCCUAAACUUCAUCGCAUCGCAGUCAGGGAGAGGGAACGAGAGAAGGAGAGGGGGCGGCACGAGCGGAGGGAAAGCGCUGACGGAAGUUCACCCCCAAAACAAAACAGCACUGCUAGACCUUUCUUACCCAGGCCCACCUCCAGCAGAGACAAGGACAUGCAGUUCACCAACGACAGGAACCAAAGCAGGGAGAGAGAUCACAGGGGGACCAAAAGCAAAGAAAGGGAACACAGAAGAGACGGGGAGUUCCCUUCAACUGCGAGCCAGAUGGCGGCACGAGACAGAGCCAUCCAACUGAAGAGGAGAGAGAUAGAUGAGGUGUACUAUCAGGAGUGUGAAAUGUUUGGCCUCGUGACAAAGAUGCUCAUAGAAAAGGAUCCGUGCCUGGAGUGUGCCGUCCAGUCCUCGCUGCGGCAGAACCUCAGGGACAUCGGCAAGCGCUGUGUGGAGGCCAUGGAAAAAUUUAUAGAAGAAUAUGACUCCAGGGAACUGCUGCACUGAACAGACACACACUCCUGCCUGUCUUCUUAACAUAGAUCCUUAUGGUAAAAAUGUUCAGAAUUUUAUUUCAGGUGAUUUGAAAUCUGCUUUUGUAUUUGUAUUUGUAAUAAGUUCGCACAGUCAUUAUCUUCGGCAUGGACAGAGUCCCUCUCAUGCUGAGCACUAAGCAACACAAGUGAAAAUAAAAAGGAAACUUUGAUUGUGAUUUGAA